AUGGAUCUUCCUUCCUAGUUCAAGAUAUCAAGAUAUCGCCAUUUUGAUGUGUUGUAUUUGUGAUUGAAGAAUAUCUAUUUCAAUGAUAAUCCAAAGCAGUAUAUAAAUACCCAAAACACUCGUACAGGCGAGCAUUUCGAUCCUAGGUAAUUCUGUUGAUUUAUAUUAUAGCUGAAACCGUCAGUAAUGGAUGAUAAGGCGUCAUGUAAGGAACUGGAUCAGUGGAUUGAACAGUUAAAUGACUGCAAGCAACUAUCAGAAAAUCAAGUUAAAACCCUAUGUGAUAAGGCUAAGGAAAUUCUAUCAAAAGAAUCCAAUGUACAAGAAGUCAAAUGUCCUGUAACAGUAUGUGGAGACGUCCAUGGACAAUUCCAUGACUUGAUGGAAUUGUUUAGGAUAGGUGGCCGUAGUCCUGAUACAAACUACUUGUUUAUGGGUGAUUAUGUGGACCGAGGGUACUACUCUGUUGAAACUGUAACUCUGUUGGUGGCUCUGAAAGUGAGGUACAAAGAAAGAAUCACAAUUCUGAGAGGAAAUCAUGAGUCCAGGCAAAUCACACAAGUUUAUGGUUUUUAUGAUGAGUGUCUAAGGAAAUAUGGAAACGCUAAUGUGUGGAAGUUCUUUACUGAUUUGUUUGAUUAUCUGCCUUUGACUGCCCUUGUUGAUAGCCAAAUUUUCUGCUUACAUGGUGGUUUGAGUCCUAGCAUUGAUACAUUGGAUCAUAUUAGAGCUUUGGACCGUCUUCAAGAGGUGCCCCACGAAGGCCCGAUGUGCGAUCUGCUGUGGUCCGAUCCGGACGACCGCGGCGGCUGGGGCAUCUCGCCGCGAGGCGCCGGCUACACCUUCGGCCAGGACAUCAGCGAGACGUUCAACCACAGCAACGGGCUGACGCUGGUGUCGCGCGCGCACCAGCUGGUCAUGGAGGGGUACAACUGGUGCCACGACAGGAACGUGGUCACCAUAUUCAGCGCGCCGAAUUACUGUUAUCGGUGCGGCAACCAGGCGGCGAUUAUGGAGCUAGACGACGCGCUCAAGUACUCCUUCUUACAGUUUGACCCAGCACCAAGACGCGGAGAGCCACACGUCACCCGUCGGACUCCCGAUUAUUUCUUGUAAACAUCCUUUAUAUAAUGAAUAUAUGUUUGCCAGCCCGCAAUAUCAUACAAAAAAAAAACAAGCUUAGAUAUAACAUGAAAAUUGUAUUUGUUAAUAAGUAUAGUCUACAGAAAUGGCGCAGUAUGUUGGAGUGGAACCAUUUUUUUGGGUAUUUAUUUCGAAACGUGACGUUUGAUGUGAAAAUGAGAUGAACCAGCAUCCGGGUUGCAAGCGCUUCAAGGUUGAAUUGUUCACAUUGGGAGUGUACAGUUUUAUCAUAUACUUACGGCGAAAGAUUUGUCGCAAAAGCAGUGGAAAGACGUAAAAACUAACGUGAGAAAAAAACAACAGUGACCAAACACAUAACGCGGAAAAUGUUUUUAUCACCGAAUUCAAUAUAUUUUCUCUGGUUUAGCUUUUUGCAAUGUUACCAUUUUCUGAUCUGAAGGCGUCAUUGGUUCCGAUAUGAAACUCAAACAAUGGUUUCUCACCAGUCUGGUUCGUUUUUCUGUCUAUUACUGAUCAGUAGGUUUGCCUGAUGCGACCAAGAGAUUCAAAAUAAUGUUUAACUGUAGGUAUUUUAUGCAUGAACCUAGUAUAUACUCCAUCAAUGCUUAUUACUUAUGAAGACUUUUUUUUUCUUUGAGAAUAUUGUGCGCAGCACAUCAUUAACGGGUACUUUCUGUUGUGAAUUAUUAAAAAAAUACAUAAAUUAUUUAUUUCAUUUCUUGGUGGGAUUGUGGUGUUUCAACUAAAAACUGGAAUACAUAAUUUAUCAAAAGAGAGGAUUUGGGGUUUUAGAUUUUCAAACAAGUAACAAGAGAUUAGUCUACAUGGUCUCCUCUAUUCAUUGCUCAUUACCAAGGCUGUUGGAUAAUUUCAGAAACAAAACUGAUUUAGCUAAAAGAAAAUUCCAGUAUUAUGAUCUGUAUUUUUUCGCAAAUAAGGACACAAAACAUAUGCAAGUCAUUCCACAAAUUGACAUACCAAAUAAAUAUACCAAAUAUCAUUAAAAGUAAUAUUUCAACAUUAUUGCAACAGUAUUUCCCUGUAAUGUGUGAUGUAGCUAUCAAAUGAUUCAUUCUAGCAAGUUUAUUGUAACAUUGCUUGUGAUGUACAUAUUCAAUCUAACAAAUGCCACCUUACUGCAAUAUUGCAUUAAGGUUGCUGAAACAUUUUAUAUAAAUAUUUGAUAUUAUAAAUAUUACAUAGCAGCAAUUUUCCAGUAAUCAUGUUGAUUAUUUCAUUGUUUAAUGUCCAUUUAACAGUUUCAAAAUAUGAUCGAUAACGUUUUGUUUGUUUCCAAAGAGAGUGGGUAAAUAAUUUUGAAAUUUACUUAAUUGACUUAUUUCUUCCAAUGUACAGGAAGUAUCCGGGAGAUAAAAGUAAAAACAGCACAAACUUCGAAUUUUAAACUUUAUUAAGGUUAUAAUUUUGGGCAAAAUUACUGCUUUGGAUCUGGUUUAGAAUAUGCGUACAUUUUCUGAUAUAAUCUACAGGAUAUUCUGAAAAUUUGAUGGGAUCCAGAUACUCUGAAAAUCAUAAUUGAGGUUGUUUUAGAAUGGAUUAUGUCUUGUGUCCAAUGAAAGCUUCAUAUAUAUCUGAGUACAGCAAGAUGAGAUAUAUGAUUUGAUGAUUUCAGUUGUAAUUGUCGUUUUUUGAUCACAACAAGCAUAAUAAUUGAGCUAGUGCAAUUUUUUUGUAAUCAAACAAUUCUAUAUUUCUUGCAGUUUUCAAGAUCUCUGUAGUGAGCAAUAAAAAGGGGACAUCAUGUAAAUUCUUUGAAGGAUAGUACAAAUAUAUUUCACAAUUCAAAGUACCUUUUUGUAAAGAAACAUUCUACAUUGUACAAAUAUUGCGACAUUCUAUCUCCAUCCUAAUAAAAAAUUGAAUCUUGAAAACUACUUUGCUGAGGCACUAUGUCUCAGUUUUUCUGCAGUUUACUUCAAUAUUCAUUUUUUUUAGGGUGGAUUUUGGUUGACAAGAAUGUCACUGUUGAAUUUUGAAAAAAAAACGUAUCCUGUUGCCAUUCUUUUUGGUAUUUGUAAAUUUACUCAGGCACCUUUCGUUUAACUUAUGCUAAAAGUUGUUUAAAUGUAUGUACUGUGUUUUUCGUGAGUAUAUUUCAUUGAAAUUAUGCUGUUAUAUCAACUUAACUGUGUUGGUAUCUUUGUGUUGAAUUGUUGGUAGUGAAGAAUUAACUAUCAUCUACAUGAUGCAUUUUUGAAAAAUCGUACUUGAAUAGAAUUUUAGGGAAUUUUGGCACAUUGAUAUCAACUACUGGUCCCUUACUUUUUCAGGGUCGACAUUUCCGACAUGCAAUCUCUUUUAUAAUUUUGAAAUUUUUUUAGACUGCUCAUUUGGCCCCCGUUCAGUGAUUAAAAAUGAUUUAUAAU